GGUCUAUUCUUCAAGGAUAGCUAGUGUAGGUAGUAUUGCAGCACAGAACAAUUAAAUUGAGCUGACUUUGGGAGUUCUAUGUUCAGCUUCCCUCAGUCAUGUAACUUAGUGAUUGAAUUCUUAGUGUAAUAUCCUGUAAAUCCAAAUUAAUAAAAUAUGCCCACCUACUGUAUGCCACAUACACACCAUGGUUUACAUACAAUGGCUGAAUGAAAUUAGCCUAGUUCAUUUCUCAGAAUAUGCUGGACCUCAAAAUUAUCAAUUCCAUUUCAGCCCAGUGUGACCCAUUGUAUGAAUGUGAUUAGUGAGUGAAUCUGAGCCACCAGAGAGUUUCCAUGAAUAGAGGAGUUUCCUUCUUUCUUAAGUUCACCUUCCCAUUCACAAAUUGGAGAAUGCAAAUGGAGAGAAAGCAGAGCUGGGGGAAUGCGGGGACAGAAUGCUUUCAUUUUUUUUUCUGACAUAAGGAAAGCAAUUACCAAAGCGAAUUCAGAGUGUUGGCUGAAGCUGAGAAGGUGCAACUUCAAAUCCCCCCACCUAGUCUUGAACCCCGCCAGUUGAUUCUCAACUCAGUAGUCAUUUCUUGUGGUAGUGAAUAUUAUCUUGGGGGAAGGUAGGGAUUGCAGCCACCAAAGCAAUUGUGCAAAGUGGAUUGGAUCAUAUCACACUCCUAGCUGGAUCAGGAUUUUCAACAGGAGGAGAAGGGGAUUUUUGUUUUGGUGACCAUUAAAUGUUUCUGACCUCAGAAUAGUGGAAGCUGGUUUAGGCAGUUGGAGAUUGAGGAGGCUGUACAAAAAAAGUUUAGGAGCUGCUUCAUAGGGUUGCAGAAGGAAUUAAAUGAGAGGAAAGUUAUGGAUAGGCUGCUUUCAGAGCUUUGAAGGAAAGCCUGAAAUAUAAACAGAAGACAAGUUACUAACUUAAAGGGAGCCCUGUAUGUUGUAUCAUCCAAUCUUACUCCUCCUCUUUGAUGCAGCAUUUCCAAAACCGGCUAUCCUGUCAGUGUGAAAACUCCAGCAAGAGAGAAUUGACCAUUGCCUUGUUAAACUGGACCUAUUACAAAAUUCCUGUUCUGAAGUUUCUCAGAACACUUCACCUAAAUUUACUUUCCUUCCUUCCUUUAAAUCCAGCAGUUCUAUAUGUCCAAAUACAUUUGCAAAAUGGAGUUCGCUCCCGUGCACUUCUACCCACUUGAUCAUUUGAUCACAUGGAUGAGUUUCUCCGCAACAGUAAGUCACCUGACCAAAACCUACAGUGAUUUGAAUUGCCCCUAAGUGCAGCCCUGUUUUGUAGAGCCUGCAGCUGUCAGUCUUCUAGUUGUGGACGUUCCUGCUCUUUCAUCCUUCUCAGUAAAUGAAUCAGAAAAGGAUUCCAGAGGGAAAUCUGCAUAGCAGCAGAACAACUCACUGCUAAAGAUAGGUAACAACACCCCUGACGUGGAAGCAAUAAAAGGUGUGAGCUGUGUGAAGAUUCUACCAUCCCUGAUGACUCAAAUAAGUCAGGAAACAUCUAAAGUGGAACACAGGCAGUUCUGUUAGGGAUUUUCUGGAUUGGAAACCCCCUCGCUGGAUCUGAGUUGAACUGCAUGGUCCAUCCUGCCCUUUGUGGAGGAAGGUGCCUUCAUACUUGUCUUCAAACCUGGAUCUCUGGAGAUAACUUGUCUGUGUGAUUGGGUUGCAAAUCAAAGCCCAGUCUGCACCUUCAGAGAUGUACCAGAGCUUAGCCAUGGCAGCCAACCAUGGCCCACCAGCAUAUGAAGGGACCAGUAGUUUUAUGCACACCGCAGCUGCUGCUUCUCCUGUCUACAUACCCACCACAAGGGUCACUACUAUGAUUCCCAGCCUGCCUUACCUCCAAGGGAGUGGUUCAUCCCAGCAAGGCAGUCCAGUCUCCAGCCACUCCAUUUGGACUCAGCCUGGAGCUGAGAGUGUUGCUUACAACCCUGGAUCUUCUCAUCCAUCAGUAUCCCCAAGGUUCUCCUUUGCUACCAGCACCCCCAUCCCAGCAACUACUUCCAGAGAAGCAUCUGCUUAUAACAGUUCUCUUAGUAUCUCGGCCAACAGCAGGGACCAAUAUGCUCGGAGUUUCAGUGGGUCCUAUUCCAGUCCAUAUCCAGCAAGUUAUAUGACCCCAGAAUUGGGCACCAGCUGGACUUCAUCUCCAUUUGAUAGCCCCAUGCUCCACAACCUUCAGAAUCGGGGUACUCCAGGAGUUUCAAGGCAUACUAACAUAGAGUUUUUUGAUGAUUAUUCCGAAGGUCGGGAAUGUGUCAACUGUGGUGCUAUGUCCACCCCACUGUGGCGAAGAGAUGGCACCGGCCACUAUCUUUGUAAUGCAUGUGGACUCUACCACAAGAUGAAUGGCAUUAACCGGCCACUGAUCAAGCCCCAGAGGAGGCUGUCAGCCUCCCGUCGGAUUGGACUCUCAUGUGCAAACUGCCAUACUUCUACAACCACAUUGUGGCGCCGGAACGCCGAAGGAGAGCCAGUCUGCAAUGCUUGUGGUUUAUACAUGAAGCUCCAUGGGGUUCCAAGACCUUUAGCUAUGAGAAAAGAAGGGAUCCAAACCAGGAAGCGUAAACCAAAGAACUUGAGCAAAUCCAAGACAUCAGCAGGAUCAGCCACCAAUGAAAGCCUUCCCACUGCCAUUAGUUCAGCCACCUGCACCAGCACAACUACCACUACUACUGCUGAAGAAAUGCGCCCCAUCAAGACAGAACCAGGGAUCUCAUCUCAUUAUGGACACCCAAGCCCUAUUCCUCAGACAUUCUCUGUUGCGGCAAUGUCUGGCCAUGGACCUGUUCUUCACUCCACUAUGUCUACUCUCAAGCUUUCCCCACAGGCUUACCAAGGAACCAUCAACCAGUCUCCCCAGCCUAGUUCCAAGCAAGAUUCCUGGAACAGCCUAGUCUUAGGGGAAACACAUGGAGACAUCAUCACAGCUUAACAAUCUUCUGCCUCUUCACCCCCUUCUAAGGGAGUUACCAAGCUUGGGACUCAAAGGCGAUGGGCAACUGUCAAGCAAUACUAUUUGUUCUUUUUUUUUUUUCUUGUUUCUUUCUCCCAUCUUUUGUUUUGUCUAGUUCUGGUCUUAGAAGAACCAUUUCAAAUUGCUUUGGCCUGUUCAAUCAAAACUGCCAAGUUCUAUUUUUAAUAAAUCCUCCAGAAAACUUGGACAUCAACAUUACAUGUUUAUACAUAACUGAUAUACAGAAAUGUAAUAUCAAGUAGUAUAUUUGUAAAUGUGUGUGUGUAUAUGUGAAGGGUAUGUAUGAGCUUGAAUGGAAAUUUGUAACUGCAGCUUUCCACAUGUUGUCUUCAGACAUCUUUUGAAAAAUGAAGGAAUGUAUAAGCCAGCCCAUAAAAAUAGAAUGGAGGUUAAAAAAAGAUAAAAAAAAAAUAAAACAAAAACCAAUAUAUAAGCCAGCAAUAUCCCUAAAUUUUGCAUUAUGGGGAUCAGUGGCUGGUGGCCUUUAUGAAAGAUCUGAUUUCCUGACCUGGGAUGUGAUAGCUACCCAUUUCAUUGCUAAUUCAAAGUCAGAAGAGAAGAACCAGCAGCAUAUGCAGAGAAGAAUGGAAAAUAGGCUAAUUGCUGGCAAAAACUUGGAUUUUGGUUCUCUAUUUUCCAUUUUGAUUAUAAAAAAUAUUCUUCCCAAAGACACUACUGACCAAAGUUUAUUAUUGAUAGUAAGAAACUCAAAUGAAUAUUCAAGGACAGUGACCCACAAGAAUCUAGAAGAAAAUGGAGGUGCUGCAAAUUCUGCAAUCACUGGUGAACUGAAGACUCCAGAGUUUUUUUAAAGUAUAGAACAGAAGCAACAGGUUUUGUCUUCAAACAUAGCUGCAGUCCAGUACGGCUGGUGGACUUUUGCAGGAAUUUUGUGGAUCCAGCAAUUUUAUGACUGCCAGUAGCACAUUAGUGUUAAUUUAAUUACUUUUCUGUCAACUUGAUUAACCCCCUUUCUUUGCUAUUAAUAAAUCUAUUUUUCCUUUCAAAGCAACCAA